UCCUGCUAACAUGCGUGUGGCGUAGAAGCCUGAAGGGGCGCCCCAGAAAACCCAGAGUUUUCCAGGGGUCUUUUGGGCACCUCGUGGGUGUGGAGAGGUCCAGGGCUGACACACGUGCUCGCUCAGCUCGCACGCACGGACAUUUUCACGCUCACCGUGCACCGCACCACACUCUGCUGACCCCGGUCAUCAGGACGCGGCCUUCUGUGCUGUGUUGCUGUUCAGAUCCAGCUGGCUGGCUCUGCGGGUCUGUGGCCGGUGGGCCUCCGAGGGAGCGCACAGUGGGGUGACGGGCAGCCCUGCUACAGAAAAAGCGCCCGGGUACCUGAGGUGGGAGGAUGUGACGACGCUGUGCCCCCGCGCAGCGGGGACUCGGGCCUUUAAAAAGCCGAGGAAACAGCCUCUGAGCAGGCGGUGGCUACACUGGAGGAGAGCACACCCAGGUCUCACGUGAAAGCAGCCAAACUGUCUGCUUCAAAGAGAAAAGGCAACAUCCUGUCACAGGCCAUGCUCUGGCAGAAACCCUCGGCACCAGAACAGGCCCCGGCUCCACCCCGGCCAUACCAGGGCGUCCGUGUGAAGGAGCCAGUGAAGGAACUGCUCCGGAGGAAACGAGGCCAUGCCAGCAGCGGGACGGCUGUCACACCUACGGCGGUGGUGCUGCCCCAUCAGCCCCUGGCUACCUACACCACAGUGGGUCCUCCCUGCCUUGACAUGGAGGUCUCCGCUUCCACAGUGACAGAGGAGGGGGCCCUGUGUGCCGGCUGGCUCUCCCAGCCGGCCCCGGCCACCCUCCAACCCCUGGCCCCGUGGACACCCUACACGGAGUACGUGUCCCACGAAGCUGUCAGCUGCCCCUACUCGGCUGACAUGUACGUGCAGCCCAUGUGCCCGAGCUACACGGUGGUGGGGCCCUCCUCCGUGCUGACCUACGCCUCCCAGCCGCUCAUCACUAACGUCACGACCAGAGGAGCGGCCGCGCCCACCGUGGGGCCCCAGCUGGAGGGCCCGGAGCACCAGGCGCCCCUCACCUAUUUCCCAUGGCCGCAGCCCCUGUCCACACUGCCCGCCUCCACCCUGCAGUACCAGCCUCCGGCCCCAGCCCUGCCCGGGCCCCAGUUCGUCCAGCUUCCCAUCUCCAUCCCCGAGCCGGUCCUUCAGGACACGGAAGACCCCAGGAGGGCCAUCAAUUCCCUGACCAUCGACAAGCUGCUUUUGGAGGAAGAGGAUGGCGACGCCUACGCGCUCAACCACACGCUCUCGGUGGAGGGCUUUUAGGGCCUGCUCGCCCGGAGAGUCCUGCUCCCCGAGCCUGGGAUUUUACACUGAGCCUGGGAUUGAGCCUCAGAUUCACACCUGUUUGGAGUAGCUGUCUCACAACUACACUUUCCCCCCUCAACUAGAAUAAUUGGCUUUCCUUCCUCCCUUCCCUCUUCCUCCUUCUUUCCUCCCUCCCUCCCUCCUCCUCCCUUCUUCCCCCUUGCCUUCCUGCCUUCUUCCCCCUUUUCUCCCUCUCCCUUCCUUCCCUUUCUGCCUUC